UGAACAAAGGAGUUGAAACAACUUUACAUCGACAUUAAUAUCAAAAAAUACCACGAAGGCAUCCCCUGGAGAUGCAAAUAUGGUUCAGACGGUGAAGCGAGCUCUCCAAUUGAAAAUGCAGCACCAAAUAAAGAUUUAGUGGAAGAACUUGACUUUUCGCGUCAAAUUUUCCAUGUACAACCGUCAUCUGAAACUACUCCGGAUGACAGAGGAGACCAAAUGGUUCUAAAUGAGGCCAAUGGACUCCCUCAUCAUUCAGAUACUGAUAAAAAUCAACAAGCAGUAGAUACAGGAUCUGGUAGACAAGAAGGUUCUAAAGAUAAUGUGGAAGCGAACAAAGAUGGAACUAACCUCAGCCCGCAGAAGGUACGUUUGAAGAAGCAGAAUCACAGUUGGGGUCGCAACAAGGAAAUACCGACAGAGAGGUUGAAUUCUCAACGAAGUCCUCAACAGCCAGAAGAACAUAAGCCAAGGGUCUCCCACGAUUCAUUUAAAAGCCUCAAAGAAAAGUCCGGCAAUGCUUCGCGUCCCUCUACCAUGGAGAGUACGAAAGCAGGCUCUGAUUAUGCAGGAUUUGAAUCUAUCAUGGAGUUGGAAAAACCGUCACUCGAGGAAAAUACUCGGAUAUUACAACCCACCACAUCUCCAUCUGCAGCUCCAUCACUUCGACAUCUAGCAUCUCAAAGCACGCUUGGUGAAUCCGUGUCUAGCGCCAAGAGAAGUAGGACCUAUGAGCGACCACAUCGAUUAUCCACUCCUGUGGAAGAGCAGAGACACCCCGGAAAACCAGGAUUGUGGAGUGAUCAAUUCAUGAAGAACAUAGAUGAGAUGGUGGAUUGGGAAACCAAAGAGAAAAACGAGGAAGCUGUUGCGCCACCAGAGCCACAGGAACUGGAUGCAGAAAUUGAGUAUCCUGGAACUCUUGCUCUAACGAUUCUCACGAUCGGGCUUUGCUUGUCGGUGCUUUUGAUUUCUUUGGAUAGAACAAUUAUUACAACUGCGAUUCCCUAUAUUAGUGGAGAAUUUCAUUCAUACGCGGACGUGGGGUGGUAUGGAAGUGCAUACCUACUUACGGCAUGCGCGUUCCAACCGAUGUAUGGAAGGAUCUUUACUAUUUUCAGUAUCAAAUGGUCAUAUCUAGGCGCAAAUGCGCUAUUUGAGAUAGGAUCAUUGAUUUGUGGUGUAGCUCCGAAUUCUCUCACAUUGAUUAUAGGGCGCGCAAUCGCUGGAGUUGGAAGUGCGGGUAUUUUGACUGGUUCUUUUGUUGUGGUGGCUCAUAGUGUUCCGAUACAAAGACGUCCCGUCUUCACCGCGGCUGUGGGUUUGAUGUUCGGAUUAGGAGCUACAGUGGGACCAUUAAUGGGAGGGGUGUUCACAGACAAAGUAUCAUGGAGAUGGUGUUUCUAUUUCAAUCUUCCGGUCGGCGGUGUAACCAUCUUGGCCAUGAUCUUGUUCUUCAAUCCGAAGAUUAACACGGUCACAAAACGAUCGUUCGGCUCACGAGUCCUGGAUCUCGACAUCCUCGGAAACAUUCUUUUGCUCGGUGCAUGCGUUAUGCUUUUUAUAGCUUUCCAACAUACUGAAGAGGGCAGUUCUUGGUCCAGCGCAAUGGUUAUUGGCCUUCUCGUCGGCUUCGGAGUGACCAUGAUUUUGUUAGGACUGUGGUUCUGGUACAGAGGCGACAAAGCUUUGGUCCCACUUGAAAUACUCCAGCAACGAACCGUACUAGCAAGCUGCCUUUUCUCGUUCUUCCUCUAUUCAGCCUUGAUCAUUCACGGCUAUUAUCUCCCUCAAUGGUUUCAAGCGAUCAAGAAUACAUCUGCCAUUGCAUCUGGUGUCGACAUGAUUCCAUAUAUCCUCUGCAAUGCUUUCUUCUCACUCGUAGCCGGUGUUCUCGUCUCCAAAUCCGGAUAUUUCACACCACCCCGCUAUCAUCGAACUGAUACCACAUCGGCUGAGUGGAUCGGCUACGAAAUUCUCAGUGCGACGGGUUUCGGAAUUGCAAUCCAACAAGGAUUUACCGCUGUCCAAACUGUCUUGCCAUUGGAGAAAAUCCCUAUCGGCACCGCUGCGGUGGUUGCAUCGCAGUCUUUUGGUGGCGCAGUUUUUGUUUCUGUUGGAAAUACAAUUCUUCAGAACCAAUUGAAAUCCUCAUAUGACAGUGGACAGCUACCAGGAAUCGAUAUCCAGGCAGUUUUAGAUGCUGGUGCCACUGGCUUCAGAUCUGUAGUUGAUGCGGAUCAAUUGCCUGCACUAUUGGAAGUAUACAAUGGUGCUUUGCAGAAAGUUUUUAUCGCAGCGAUUCCUGUUACUGGAUUGGCGUUUAUUUCUUCUCUAUUUCUGGAAUGGAAGAGUGUUAAAACUCAGGAGUCCACUGAACAGGUUUAA